GUACAAGCAGUCCCCAGAUAGCACAGGUGAUCCAUAUGAACUCAAAAAGAAUUCACUUUUUUAAAUUCUUUAUGAAUUACUUUAAUCUAUUCCAAAUGAACUCAAAUGUAGUUCUUUCCGGUAGUUCAAAAAGGACUCCAUAGAAGUAUACCUUUUGACUUCUUAUAGGAUUAAAUUAAAGUAUUCUGAAGGAAGUCCUUUUCCUGUUCAUAAUGGGUUCGAAUAGAAUUCCUUUUUGGUGUACUCAUAUAUCAUCGCACAUCUGGCGGCUGAAAAUCGAAGUAGUUCCGUUUGGGACGUCGAUCGUGCGAAACGUCUUCUAACCUAGAAGGACAUUUUUUGAUCGAGUGAAACGCCGGUCGCCGGCGUGGCUCUCAGGGCUCUCAGGUUUAUCUCUGAGAGAGAUGUUAGAGAACAUUGAUAAUACAUACGUUAUAUUGAAACAUUUGCUGUUACAUUAUUGUAUGUGCUCUGGAACUGUUCAGUUAUUUCGAGACACUUCUGGCAGAGGACGAGGAAUGUGGGCAGUGCUUUCGACAAUUUCGCAGCUUGUGCACGAUCCUUAUUUUAGUGCCGAUGGAGGGUAUUAUCGGCGACAGUGCCAAAAGUAUACAAAGUAUUGUCGACCGCGACACGAACGUUGCGUGGAAGUACGGAUACGCGGCAGGUCUUCGAUGGAAUGCGAUCAGUGCCGCGGAAAUAUUCGAGCCUGUGCUCGCUUACUGGGAAAAGCGCGUGGACACCGACAAGAGCAUGCUCGAGCGUUUGCUUGAUACUGGCGUCUUGCUGGAACUAAUGAAUUUGUACACAUGAACAGAGAUGAAUUUUACUUCACGCACGUGUCGGUCAAGUCCAAGUCGUGCCUGGGCAAACUCUGUACAGUUAAGAGGGACUUGUACAACGCCGUAGUGAUGAAAUGCAGAUUUGUCAGUCUAGUA